AUGAAUUAUAUUGCCACCUUGGAACAACUGGAUCGGCUGGCCGAUCGGGCUAGGCAAGAAGAUUUGGAGAAAAACCAAAGAUUGGAGGGGAUUCCGAGCAGAAGAAGUGUCAGAACAAGUGCAUCAAGGAACUCAAACAGUUCCUCGAGAGGGAAAAGUAGAGAUGGAGGGAGUAACAACAGGAAUUACAUGAAGAAUGAUUAUGUUCCUUCGGAGAGAUGCAAUGACCCGACUUGCGAUAUUUGUUCGGGUAAGUCAAGUUUUGUUUCUGUGUGAGCAUCUUUGAUUGUAACGGGUAGAUUUUGGUGGAGAAAUUAAAAUUAGCGCCUACUAACUGUAAGAUAAUUGCGAUUUUUUUAGCUUACGCUUACGAUUAGAGCCGCAAGUCAUCAUUUCCAGGUCUAGCCACCCGUCCAGCCUCCAAUCGGGCCGCAACUCCCAACUUUACCCUCCAAAACAUCGGUCUCAACCAAAAAAUCUACCCUUUCUCUCAACGCUUGGCCCAACUAGAUGCGGCCAUAAACAUGCUCACCCAAAUCUUGGAUCAACGCCUAAGGGCAGAGCGUUACAGAGAUGCUCAAGAUCUUGGCGACAUUUUAAAAGAAUUGACGGAGAAAAGAAGGAAAUGUCAGGAGUUAUUGGAUGAAAGAAGAAACAAAUUAGGAGAUCUAAACGAAGCCCAACGGCUGAAGAAUGAAUAUGAUACGAUGAUUUAUAAUGCAGUAGAUAUUAACAGAUUGAGGAGACAUCUGACCGUUGGCCAAUUGGUGGAUUUGGAGAGAUUAAAAAGAUUUUAA